UAAGCUGGUUAAUUCGCCAUUUUGGUUGUCAUCGUCGUCAUUUUGGAUCGUUUCUACUCUGAACUAGGCGAAAGGCACAGAGAUUGCUAAGCACUGUAAAUCUACAGUUAGAAAUGGAUGAGUUAACACAUGAGUCUCUUCAAGAACAAGCUGCGAACGAUACGAGAACAAAAGAGGAGACGGGAGACAUGGGAUGGCAGCACGUACAAGAGAAGGAGGAAUGCCACAAAACGCAUAAUAAGUACCAGGAAACUUAUGGCGUAACCCUGGCAACUACUUAUCAGGCAAACGAGAUGCUAAUCAAAGAGGAGGAGACAGAAGACAUAGGAUGGCAACAGGACAGACAAGAACAGAAUGUGCUUUUCCAGAAAAUGCACAGUGAGGACAAGAAAACAUGCGGCAUAAACCCCCCCAACCAGUUCUUCUGCAAACAAAACAAUCAUUAAAGAAGAGAAGACAGAGAACAUAGGACGACAACAGGAUGGACUAGACGGCAUGCUUUUCCAAGGAAAGUACAGUGAGGACCAGGAAACGCACAGUGGCACUAGUUAUUCUGUAAACAAGACCAACAAUAUUGAGGAGCAGACAGCAGACAAAGGAUGGCAGCAGGACUUGGAAAAGCACACUUCAAACGAUCAAACGUUAAACUGUACUGGGUCUGACGAAGAAGUCUUGCUACAGACAGGUGUACAGAGCCAUACUCUACAGGAGGGCAGCCAUGUGGCAAAACAUACCUACAUUUGUUGGAAGUGCGGUUACAGAGCAGAGCAAAGGGAUCACAUUUUUAAACAUAUGAGAACACAUACUGAUGAACCCUUCAAAUGUGACCAGUGCGACUAUUCUGCUGCACUGAAAUCCCACUUAGAUGAACACAUCAUCGUAAAACACACCUUUGAGAAGCCCUACAUGUGUGGAGAGUGUGGGUACAGGGUGGCUCUUAAGUAUCAACUAUCCCAGCACAUGAAAACACACGCAGGUGAGAAACCCUACAAAUGUGACCAGUGUGACUAUGCUGGUGCACGGAAAGAUAAAUUAGACAAACACGUCAUGGUAAAAUACACUGCUGAGAAACCCUACAUGUGUGGAGAGUGCGGGUACAGGACGGCUGUAAAAUGUCAACUGUCCCGGCACAUGAGAACCCACACAGGUGAGAAACCCUACAAAUGUGACCAGUGUGACUAUUCUGCUAUACAGAAAGGUCAUUUAGACAAUCAUGUCGUAAGAAAACACACCAGUGAGAAACCCUACAUGUGUGGGGAGUGUGGAUUCAGGACAGCUGUAAGAUAUCAACUGUCUCAGCACAUGAGAACCCACACAGGCAAGAAACCCUACAAAUGUGACCAGUGCGACUAUUCUGCUGUGCAAAAAGGUCAUUUAGACGAGCACUUCUUAAGAAAACACACCAAUGAAAAGCCCUUCGUUUGUGUUGAAUGCGGAUACAGAACAGCAUUAAGUUCUUCCUUAUCCCUACAUAAGAGAACACACACAGGUGAGAAACCGUACAAAUGUAGCCAGUGUGACUAUUCUGCCACACAGAAAUGCAAUUUAGACCAACAUGUUCUUGCAAAACAUACAGAUGAGCAUGAAAAACAUUAUGCCUGUGAGGACUGUGGAUACAGGGCUGCUAAUAGAUGGAACUUAGCCCAACACAAGAAAAAGCACACCGGCGAGAAACCUUACAAAUGUGACCAGUGUGACUAUUCUACUGUGAGAAAAGAUCAGUUAAACCAGCAUAGUAUCAAACACACUGGUGAGAAACCCUACAUGUGUUGGGAGUGUGGGUACAGGACGACUCAUCCCUCUAACUUAUCCAAACAUAUGAGAACACACACAGGGGAGAAACCUUAUAAAUGUGACCAGUGCGACUAUUCUGCAGCACAGAAGUGUCAUCUAGAUCUGCACGUCAUCACUAAACACACUGGUGAGAAACCCUACAUGUGCGGGGAGUGCGGAUACAAAACGGCUGAUACGACUAGCCUAACCAUACAUAAAAGAACACAUACUGGUGAGAAACCCUACAAAUGUGACCAGUGUGGUUAUACUGCUGCUCAAAAAGGCAGUGUCGACCGACAUGUUAUGAUGAAACAUACCGGUGAGAAACCCUACGCGUGUGGGGAGUGUGGAUACAGGACGGCUGUUAAGUCCCACCUAUCCCGACAUACGAAUAAACAUAGAACUAAACCUAGUAGUGCUAGUACUGUAUGUGUGACAUGA